AUGCAUUCUGCCAGAUAUGAAUUCGACGGGCGGAACGGGCAGCACGAGCGGAUCGACUUUCUCACCAACAAAGAGAAAGCGCGAUCAAAGAACAAAACGGCCAUCGCUAUUGGAGUCCUGGUGGCGGUUCUCGUGGUGGCAGCUGUAGUGGCAUUUCUCAUCUGGCUUUUUGUCUUUAAAGAGAACGAUGAUCCAACCGCCAGCUCUCGGCGCAAACCUGCAGUCCAGCUCUUCAGCGGCCACAUGAAGCUAUUGAACCAACCCUACAACCAGAACUAUGAGGACACGUCCAGCCCUGAGUUUAUGGAUCUGGCUAAAAAGCUGGAGUCUCAACUGGAGAACCAUUACCAGAGCGAUGAACUCCUCAAGGAAUUUUACACCAAGUCAAUGGUUACAGCUUUCAGUGAGGGCGUGGUCGCUUACUACUGGUCGCAGUUUGACAUCCCGGUGGAGGAGCUGGAGCUGGUGCCAGAGUUCUCAGAGGAGCGCAUCCUGGAGGCUCUGGAGGCCGGGAUCCAGCAGAGCCGCAGUGUCCAACCCGACCACAUCCAGAUCAGAGAGAUCACUGCCUCAAUGACAGACCCGCGGAUGGCCCGGACCCCCAACGCCAAGGAGUGUUUCUUUACACUGGAGGCCACUGAAGAGGACCAAACCUUCACCUCGCCAGGGUUCCCCACUGCGUACCCCUCCAGGUCGCGAUGUCAGUGGCAGAUCCGCGCCUCAGAGGAGAACGUCAUCACCGUCAGCUUCCCCUUCUUCCACAUCGAGGACGACUGCAGUGACGACUUUGUGUACAUCUACGACUCUCUCAGUCCUGACGAGUCCCAGGCCAUCACAAAAAAGUGCGGUCAGCGGCCUCCCACAAACCCUCUGGAAGUGGUGUCAUCAGGGAACAUCAUGCUCAUCAAUAUGAUUACGGAUGGAGAGGUGCAGAGGCCGGGUUUCAACGCAGUCUACAAAGCUCUCCCUCAUCCUUCGGUUCAGAAAUGUGGAGGUGUCCUGACCAAUGCCAAGGGAGUGAUCAGCUCUCCGCAGCACCCCAGCUUCUACCCCCCUGCUAUGGACUGCAAAUGGACCAUCAAGGUUCCCUCUGGGCAGAAAGUGCGGCUCAAAUUCACCAUGUUUCGCAUGAAGGAGCCUGGCGUGGAUGUCCGCGUGUGCCACAAAGACUAUGUGGAGGCCUUGGGCAACAAGUAUUGUGGAGAGUUGUCGUCGCUGUCUCUGACCAGUACCACUAACGAGAUCAUUGUGAACUUCCAUUCAGACGAGUCCUUCACAGACAAAGGCUUCAUGGCCGAGUACAGCGCCUUCGACCCCCAAAACCCGUGUCCGAAUGAGUUCGCCUGCUUCUCUGGGAUGUGCAUCGCCAAGGAGCUGAAGUGUGACGGAUGGAACGACUGCGGCGACAUGAGCGACGAGAUUAAAUGCAGUUGUGGCACGGACCAAUUCGCCUGCAACAAUGGCUUAUGCAAACCCAAGCUCUGGAUUUGUGACCGAGUCAACGACUGUGGGGACAACAGCGAUGAGAAAGCCUGCAGUUGUGAGAAUAACGAGUGGCGCUGUAGGAACGGUCAGUGUAUGUCCCAGGGCGUGGUCUGUGACGGGAAGAUGGACUGUGUCGACGGCAGCGACGAGGCCUCCUGCGAAACAUCUCCUGGAAUCUGUUCAGAGUUCAGCUUCAAGUGUGCGAACGGAGAAUGCGUCAAUAAAGUCAACGCUGAGUGCGACCGCAUCGAUGACUGUGCGGACAAAUCAGACGAGUCGUUUUGUGACUGUGGGACCAGGCCGUACAAGCUGAACCGCAUCGUUGGAGGGCAGAACGCAGAGCUGGGAGAGUGGCCGUGGCAGGUCAGCCUCCACUUCCAAACAUACGGCCACUCGUGCGGAGCCUCCAUCCUGUCCGAAAAGUGGCUCCUGUCUGCGUCACACUGCUUUGUCACCCAAAGCCAGGAGAACAUCCUGCCCUCAAACUGGCAGAGCUACAGCGGUAUGCAGGACCAGUACAAGCACGACGACGUCCAGCGGCGCUCCAUCCACCGCAUCGUGCCACACCCCGAAUACAACAUGAUGACCUUCGACUACGACGUGGCGCUGCUGGAGCUGAGCGAGCCACUGGAGUUCACCAACAGCAUCAGGCCCAUCUGCCUGCCCUCCUCCUCCCACGUGUUCCCCGCGGGCAUGAGCUGCUGGGUCACGGGCUGGGGCGCGCUCAGAGAGGGAGCCCGGGCGGCACAGUUGCUCCAAAAAGUCUCGGUGAAAAUCAUCAAUGACACAGUUUGCAACACGGUGACGGAAGGCCAGGUCACGUCCAGGAUGAUGUGCAGCGGCCACUUGUCAGGAGGAAUGGACGCUUGCCAGGGGGACUCCGGCGGGCCCCUGUCCUGCUUCGAGGAGAGCGGGCGCUGGUUCCAGGCCGGGAUCGUGAGCUGGGGCGAAGGCUGCGCUCGCCGCAUGAAGCCUGGGGUCUACUCCCGCGUCACCAAGCUCCGCGAGUGGAUCAAGAAAGAGACCGGCAUCUGA